AGGGAGGGGUCAAGCUCGCAACCCAUAAGCAAGAGGGGGGCAAACCACUGGAGGUGAGAGAAGAAUUUGGACUACAGCAUGGGCUCGUUGACUGCUGCCACCCUGCAAUUCCCCCUGCUGCUGCUGCUGCUGCUCAGCAUGAAGCCCCAAGGAAGAGCCAAAGCUCAUCCCAUGUACAGCUCAGCCUCCGCGGCUGAACUGGCUGACUUCAAGACCCUGCUGGACCGCCUGGAGGACAAGCUCCCAUUAGAAGCAGCAGAGACAGGUCUGUCCCAAGAAAUGAACGAACGGAAUGAGGAAGCCCCAGGAGAUGCCUCACGUCCCCUUGCUCCCAGGAACAGUGACUAUGUUAGAUCCCAAAGAGAAGGCCUCGCCUAUGGGCGUAACAGCUGGGAGCUGCCCGAGAAACCUCCAUCUGCCCUGAGGAGCAAACUACGAGCACUGCUGAACUCGCCACGCAGCAUGAGAAGGUUCUCAGAUUGCUUUGGCCAACGGAUAGAUAGAAUAGGAGUCCAGAGCGGACUUGGAUGCAACAGCUACCGGGUAAGAGGGAGAGGGAACGGCUAGAUGACUCAAGCACAGCUGGGGCAAUAGGGUAAGGAUGAAGCAAUGGUACACUCUGGGCGGAGUUCCCAGGAAGUCACAGGUGGACGGUCUAGUCCAGAUUAAAAGAGAGAUGGAUUUUGAGGGGUCUCCUAUGUCAACUCUCUUGUUCUUGUGCUGCAGAGUCCAGGUGGAUAAUUUAAAAAAAAACAGUAGGACUUAAUGGGGUAGGGGCUCCAGCUACAGUGCAUUGGGUGACCCUCUCUCUUACAUGUCUUUCCUGAACUUUUAGGAAAUUACAAUUUUUAGAAACAAUGAAGCCUGCGUCCUUUUCUGGCUGAGUGCCUAGCAGUCAGUUCCCUAAUUUAACAUAAAGUGCUGCAGUGAGAACACAUAACCCAGAUGGAAUGGUGAACUCAAAAACCAGCCACAAGAACCACCCUAGAUAAAAUC